UAGUGCAUACAAUUAAAACACGAGAAAUGUGGAAACUGGAAGUUGAAAACGGAAUUGAAAGUGUAUUCGCAAAGUGGAACUUUCAACCACAACUUUUAAUGGGUGCUGGACCAUCAAAUUGUUCCCCCAGGACAACUAACGCUUUAACAAUGGAAAUUUUGUCACCUGUGGCACUUGAUAUGUACAAGAUUAUGGACGACAUUCAAUGCAUGUUGAAACAUACCUUUCAAACUAAAAAUAGACUAACACUUGCUAUUCAAAGUUCUGGUCAUGGUGCGUUAGAAUCUAUUUUGACUAAUUUAGUAAAUCCGGGAGAAAAAAUUAUUGUAGCUGUUGGCGGUGUUUGGGGCAAAAGAACGGUAGCCAUAGCACAGAAUUACGGCAUUGAGGUAAUUACAUUAUCUUGUACCCCUGGAGAGAUUUACAAUUUUAAAGACUUGGAAAAACAAAUUAUGAAGCAUAAACCGGUAUUACUUUUCAUAACUCACGGAGAAUCGUCUGCAGGAACUUGUCAACCAUUGGACGGAUUGGGAAAAAUAUGCCAUAAAUAUAAUUGUCUGUUGGCUGUGGACGCCGUGGCGUCAUUUGGGGGUGUCCCACUUUUUAUCGACAAAUGGGAGAUAGAUGCGGUUGCUGCUGGAUCGCAGAAGGCUAUCUCUGCGCCGCCAGGAAUGGCAUUUUUAUCUUUUAGCGAACGAGCUGAACAAUUAAUGCGAGCAAAAAAGGUCCCUCCGCCGUUUUAUUUUGACGUCAUCGCUCUCGGCGAAACCUGGAACUGUUUCGGGAAUCCGAGAAAAUAUCACUACACUUAUGGAAGUCAUUUACUUAUGUCAGUCAGAGAGGCUUUGAUGCAAUUAAUCGAGGAAGGUGUUUUGGAAACAUGGAAGAGGCACGAAGUGUGUGCUAAACGACUUUGGAAUGGACUUGAACAAAUUGGAUUAGAAUUGUUUGUUGAAAAGGAGGAAAACAGACUAUUCACUGUAGCAUCAGUAAUUGUUCCCAAAGAUGUCAAAUGGCCGGUGCUUCUCGAUUAUAUUUCAGGAAAACACCACAUAGAUAUAAGUUUUGGAUUAGGGCCAACUGCUCACACUUGCAUUCGAGUGGGUAGCAUGGGUUAUAACGCUACCUAUGAAAAAGUAGACACUGUAUUAAAAGCUCUUGAAGAUGGUUUAAAAUAUUGUCGUUCAGAGAAUGGUCAAAACGGUCCAAACAGUAGAUCCGAAGUUAUGGAAUAAACAUUACCCAAUAUAUUUAAAACAACAAAAAAUAAGUGGUCAAUAUGGUUCACUACAAACCGAUUGAAUGCGAUGACUUUGUAAUAAAGUUCUUGAACACAGAAAAGAUAACAAUAAAAAAA